AUGAGAUCGCCGAAGGAAGGGAUAGGGGAAAAAGAGAGAAGUAUAGAGGAAGUGUUGAGGGAAAUGAUGAAGGAGCUGAGGAGAGAGGUAAGGGAAGAUAGCAGAAAAAUGAUGGAAGAGUUGAAGGAGGAAUUUAGAGAGAGGGAGAGGAAGGCAAGAAAAGAAAGAGAGGAAAUAAUAAGAGAAGGGAGGGAGCAAAUGAAGAAGUGGAUGGAGGAGAAGGAGGAAAUGAAAAAGCAUAUAGAAAAGAUAGAGAAAAAAAUGGAGGAGAUGCAGACAAGGGGUCAAGGAACGAAUGGACAUGGAGGAGAGGUAAAUGAGGAGGUGAAGAGGCUAGAGGGGAAGAUGAGAGGUAUAGAGAUAAAACUAGAAAGGGAAGAGAGAGAAAGGAGAAGGAGGAAUAUAGUAAUAAGAGGGAUAAGAGGCGGAAAAGAGAGGGUAGAGACAGAGAUUAGGAAGAUAAUGAAAGAAAAUGGUGUAAAAGAGGAAGGGCUGGAAAUUAAGAGGAUAGAGGAAGGAAAGGAAGGAGAAGUAAAAUUAGCGGUGGUAAAGAUAGAAGAUUUGGAUGAGAAGAAGAGAUUGAUGAGAGAAAGGAGAAAGCUAGGAGAAAAAGGAGUGUAA